GGCGGGCAGCGGGCGCGCCUCCCACCACCCCGGGGCGCGGCCUCGACGGCGGCACGGCCGCUCCGCACCCGCACCCGCACCCGCACCCUCGUCCUUCCCCGCAGCAUGGAGCGCCGUGUGGCCCGGGAGUUCCGCCACAAGGUUAAUCUGCUAAUUGACAAUGAAGCAGAGAAGGAUUACCUUUAUGAUGUGCUGCGGAUGUACCACCAAUCUAUGAAUCUUCCAGUGCUUGUGGGGGAUCUAAAACUCGUGAUUAACGAACCAAGCAGGUUGCCUCUAUUUGAUGCUAUCCGCCCACUUAUUCCAUUAAAACACCAGGUGGAGUAUGAUCAGCUUACACCCAAAAGAUCAAGAAAGCUGAAAGAAGUGAGAUUGGAUCGCUUGCAUCCUGAAGGACUUGGGCUAAGUGUGAGAGGUGGAGUGGAAUUUAGCUGUGGCCUCUUUAUCUCCCAGUUAGUUAAAGGAGGACAAGCAGACAGUGUUGGACUUCAGGUUGGAGAUGAGAUAGUUCGUAUAAAUGGAUAUUCCAUCUCGUCAUGCACACAUGAGGAAGUCAUAAACCUCAUUCGCACAAAGAAAAUAGUGUCCAUAAAAGUAAGACAUAUUGGAAUGAUACCUGUCAAAAGUUCAGCAGAUGAACCCCUUAAGUGGCAAUAUGUGGACCAGUUUGUGUCGGAAUCUGGGGAAGGAAAGGGCAGUGUCGCUGGUCUUGCUUCUUCUGGAGGGAGAGACAAUAAAGAGAAGAAAGUCUUCAUUAGCUUGAUUGGUACAAAAGGCAUGGGAUGCAGUAUUUCCAGUGGUCCAACACAAAAACCAGGCAUUUUUAUCAGCAACGUUAAGCCAGGUUCUCUUUCAGCAGAGGUGGGCUUAGAGGUUGGUGACCAGAUUGUUGAGGUAAAUGGAGUGGACUUUUCUAAUGUGGAUCAUAAAGAGGCUGUCAGAGUGCUCAAAAGCAGCCGUACUUUGACUAUCUCUGUGGUAGCAGGCGCCGGAAAAGAGCUGUUUAUGACUGAAGACGAGAGGCAGAGGGAAGCACAUCUUCAUGAGCAGGAACGCCAGGAGUUAAUGCAUCAGAAGCGGCUUGCGCUGGAAACUAACAAAAUCAUCAAAGAGCAGCAAGAGAAAGAGAGAUUAAGAAAAAUUGAGAUUUCCCAGAAGGCUGCAGAGGAAGAAGAGAGAUAUCGCAGAGAAAUAGAGCAGAUAACAGCAGAGGAAGAAAAAUUUAAAAAGGAGUGGGAAGAAGACUGGGGGCCUAAAGAGCCUCCCAAAUCUCUAAAAACUGUAACUGCAGAAGUGCACUCUGCCCCUCAUUCUAAACACAAAAAAGAUUUAAAGGGAGUUGCACAUGACCAACUUGACACAGAUGACAUGGAUGAAGUGAUCAUGAAGCAGGACAAACAGUUGGCAAGUGGACGUCCUUCGGCAUCUCCCUCUGCCACAUCAAUGCGGCGGUUUGCCGGUGGCCUGCAGCUUCAUACUACAGAUCUUGAUGACAUAAAUUUAGAUGAAGUUGACAAACAAGUGGCACCACCUCCACCCCCGCCUGCUGUUACUCCAGUAUCACCAGGUCAUCCACUUCCCACAUCCAGUGUUCCACUUUCAAGAGGUCCGGCGCUGGCAGUACCACCAGCUUCCCAGGUUGUAAGAAACACCUCCCAUGUCGGAAAAGGAUCUUCUGUGUCAAGCAGUCCGCUGCAACUUGCUCCAAGUCCACCCACCCAACGAUAUCCAGGGGUACCAAUAGUCUCUAAACCAGUCAUGCUGCAUCCUGACCCAAACUUUAUGGUCAGGCCAACAAUCAAAUCUGAAGCCCUGGGCUUCCAGAAAUAUUUGGAAGACUUUGAUCCACAUUCAAUGUUUACCCCUGAGCAGAUUAUGGGAAAAGAUGUACGGCUAUUACGCAUUAAAAAGGAAGGAUCAUUAGACCUUGCAGUUGAGGGAGGAAUUGAUUCUCCCAUUGGAAAGAUAGUAGUCUCUGCCAUCUAUGAGGGUGGUGCUGCAGACAAGCAUGGAGGCAUAGUGAAAGGAGAUGAAAUACUGGCUGUAAAUGGCAAGAUAUUAAUUGACAGCACGCUGGCAGAAGCACAAGCAACUCUAGCAAAGGCUUGGAACAUGGGUGGGGAUUGGAUUGACUUAGUCAUUGCAGUGUCACCUCCAAAGGAAUAUGAUGAUGAAAUGACAUUUUUUUAAAGUACGGAAGGUUACACUUAAGAAAUGAAGUCUUUCCCCUGCAGACACCUGCUGCUCUGAAAAUUAAUAGGAUAUCAACAGCCACAUAAAAUGCAUUUUUAUUUGAAAGAAAUGUGAACAGUCAGAUCUGGAAAUUGAACUAGAGACUUCAUGUUCUUUAGGUAAUUUGAGUAAUUUCAAAUCAUUUUGUAAACAUACACAAAGAAAUUGUCGUAAGCGCACUGAGAAGGACAGACAGUAAGCAUAACUGUAUCUGUGAGAACUCAAAAUCAAUUUUUCUUUAUUUUGGGAAGACAAAUUUUGGAAAUUAUCUUCCAGUUUUCCCAAAAAUAAAUACCAAAAUGACAAAUGAAGAUGGAACACAGAUGUCUGUUCCCACAUGCAACAUUUGUGAUUACACAUUCACAGGCCAGUUUGGGUGUGAGAAAGCUUAUAUUUUUACUCUGUACAUAGUGAUUUUCCAUGGGGAAGUGGGGACAUAUAUGAGUAAUUUCUGUUCUCACUGAUAUCCUUGUAGCUCUCUUAAUGUCUGUUUCUGUUGCCCAGUUGUGAGUUGUUUUGAUUAUGAAAAUCCUGCCUGUAGAAGGGCUUCUAUACCAGUUAUACCAGGAGUGUGAGCAUUAUAUGGAGUAAUUUUGGUGAUGCUUCUAUGGUAUAAAGAGUCUUCUCUACCAGCAAAGUAAAUAGCUAGCAAGUAGUCCAGAUAACAUCAUUAUGUGUUGUCAGUUAUGAUACCAAGUAUUGUGUUGGUGGUAAAAAUUAAUCCCUGAUAUAGUCAAGGGUGGAAAAUUUCGGUCCGAUUCACAGUCUGUACUUAAGUACUUCGUCCUCAGUGAGUCUACACACAAAUAAAUUUGCAGUCAGUAAGAGUAACAUUUCACUGUUUGUUACUGUUUUCUGUUUAAGUAACUUCCUCCAGACCAUAACAUCUAUAUUAACCUGACUUUAAGUAAGUCUGAUUACAGUUGUAGAUGUAGUCUUUUCUUUAUAUUGUCAAGGUGUCUCCUUGGAAAUGUAACAGUUCUCCUUCCUUCCUCGGAUCUGCCAGUUUGUAUACCAUUUUUCAUAGUGUGUUUAGAUUUUUCUUAUCUGGACUAAUGAGAGCUAAAAUCUAAAGUUCUUUAGCAUAUCAAAUUCCUGCUGAAGUCUUGCCAUUUCAACAUUUGGAAGCCUUCCUUCCUGUAACACAGGAGAAUAACAAUUACAUUCCUGAGAAGUCUGUAUUUGUAUGGAGAUAAACAAUUAUGUAUUAUGUUGACUUCCUUUGUUUUAUUCACAGUUUUGUUCCAGUAUGCCAAUGAUGUUGUCUGGCAGGGUACACAUGUUCAAGUUUUCAACAUUCUAACACUGUAACUCUCCCAACUAAUCUAGAAAUAAAAUCAUAUAUGGCAAAU